AUGAGCAUCCCAGGCCUCCCCGUAGAGGGAUCACCGCAAUCUUACUGGCAGCAUGAAGCUCAGAAGCAACAAGUUCCUCCAAAUACUGAACCUCUCCCAAGCUCAUGUGAUAUGGCAAUUGUGGGCGGCGGUUAUGCAGGCAUUGCUACGGCAUACCACAUACUGAAGACGGCAUCUCCGCCAUCAAGUGUGUUCCUCCUGGAGGCAAAGGACCCGUGUUCUGGAGCUACAGGACGGAAUGGAGGACACCUGCGCCCUGACUACCUGAUGGGAGCUGCGAGCAACUCCAAGAGGUACGGUGCCUCUGCGGCGGCCGAGAUUGUGCAAUUCGAAGCCCGGCAUCUCGACGUGAUGAGGGCUCUCAUCGAGGCGGAAGCUAUUGACUGCGACUUUGCGGAGACAGAAAGUCUCGCUGUUCUCACAACCCCCAAACAAGUCACCAUGGUGCGUGAGGCAUAUGAGGACUUAAGGCAAGCAUCGCCUUUCAGUGAUACCCUGCUAGAUGUGGUAGAGUUCUGCGAGGGUGAUGACGCACCUGAGCGUACAGGACUGCGAGGUGCAAAAGGCUAUUUCUCCACGCCUGCAGCUCGGGUAUCGCCCUACAAGCUUCUCACGGCUCUUUUGGCACGGUGUGUUGACAUGGGGCUCUCACUAAAGACCCAUACUGCGGUGGCAUCAGUUGAGCAUGCUGAAUCAGACGGCCAUGCCCUCAAAAUGCGCUCGGGAGAAACUAUGACAGCUAAAAAAGUCGUCAUUGCCACCAACGCCUAUACCUCAGCACUUCUCCCAGAGUACGCAAGUUGUAUUGUGCCCUGCAAGGGACUUGUAUGCCUCAUCACAGGUCCUAAGGGCAAGCCACUGCCGAACCUCCUCGCCGCAAGUUAUGCUAUAAUGGAACAGGACCCCAUCUCCAAGAAGACCGGCUACAACUAUAUGGUACAACUGGAGGAUCAUAGCAUAGUCGUCGGUGGCGCUCACCACAAGUACGAUGAGAAUGACCCAGAGAGCUGGUACAACAACGUCGACGACACGCAACUCAUUGAGCCGGCGCGACGGUACUUUGCAGAUGACUACAUGCAGCGGACGUUUGUUGGGUGGGAGGAGUCAGGCGCGCGUGUUGACCGUAUUUGGUCGGGGAUAAUGGGGUAUAGUACUGAUUCGCUUCCUCACGUAGGAGAGGUUCCCGGUAGAGGUGGUGUAUUCGUAAUUGCUGGGUUCCACGGACAUGGUAUGCCUGUUAUCUUCUUAGCCGCGGAGGGCAUUGCGGCCAUGACUCGGGGGCUGGCGUACGAGAAGACUGGAAUGCCAUCUUUGUUCAAGACAUCUAGGGAUAGGCUGGAGUCAGAGAGGAAUGACAUCCUUGCUGGAAGGGGCAUAAGGUUGACGAAGGAGUAG